CAGUCCGCCGCUGUUGUUGUCACAGUCGCAGUCACAGUCGCAGUCGCUGUUGCAGUCGUCAUCGCUGCCGUUGACGACGACAUCGCCAAAGCAGCGGAUUCUUUUGGCGCCGUUUUCAGUGCGGCACUGGCUUAAAAAUAAGCGCGGUUUGAAUUUAUUUAAAAACGGUUUUUUAAACGUUGGCCCGGACGGAAACUGCAGAGUACAGACUGCAACAGCAACAGCCAGUGGAACGAAUAUGACCACCUCAACGCCCAGCAGCAGCAAUAGCACCACCAACACCACCAGCAACAACACCACCAGCAGCAGCAACAAUCGACAAGGCGACGUCGAGCGAGCAACCUCAGCGGCAACUUUGUACAACAGCAACAGCCCGACAGCAACAGCAGCAACCAUAGGAUCAACAAAUCGUGUCAUGCAAGCGGACGAGGAUUUCAACAUACGAUUCGUUAAUUUGGUGCGCACGUAUCGUUGUCUGUACGACAAGAAAGUGCCGGAGUAUCGCAACAGAGACAACCAGGAGAAAGCCUGGGCACUUAUAUCAAAGGAGACACGUGAGAGUGUUAUUCACUGCAAGGAGAGAUGGCGGAAUCUGCGGGCUUGCCUUUCGCGCUACAUCAAACAGCAGAGCGGCUCCGAGCCGCAGCAUAAACCUUAUUAUCUGACCGAGCACAUGGCGUUCCUGCUGCCGUUCCUCAAGUCCUCGCGUAAUUCACUGGAUGGCAAUAACAGCUUGGCCACACUCUUCCAGUUCUCCCAGCAGCAUCUGCAGCUGCAUCAGCAACAGCAGCAUCAGCAGGAACAUUUGUACUGCAACAACAACAACAGCAUGGUCCUAAAUGAAUCCUUGGAGCUUAAGCAGUCGCUAUCUGAGAACGACGAUGAGGAAACAAUUGAUGCUUUUGAUCCAGCCAUAGCCACAACACUGGGCCUACAGCAAACGGCUCCCACACCCGGAUCUAAUGUUAUGGCAGUUCCCGGCUCACCAGCCCGCAGCGAUACGGCUAGCGCGAAUAGCCUUCAGAAUUUCAUACCGGACGUGCAGCUGGCAGAGUCUGGCCCGGAUUUGGUAUACAACGAUGCUUCCUCCACACCAGUGCAUCAUCAGCCGCCUCAUUCCCACAGCCAUGCGCUGCACGGCCAUCACCAUAAGUUUCAACAGCUCCAACAUCACCAGCAGCAGGCGGCGCACUUCGAGCAAAGCGGUGCCAAAAGGAUCAAGACCGAGUGCGAAGCCACCACGACGAGCAGUGGCGUCAACUACUUCGGCGGGCUCAGCGUCACAGAGCACCCAGACAUGGAAUUCUUUCGCAGCAUUCUGCCGGACAUCGCAGCACUGACGCCGCAGCAGCGUCGCAAGUUCAAAAUUGGCAUUCUCGAGCUCAUUGACGAAGUCGUGGAGCGCUACCCACCCCAGGAGCGUUACAAUGGCGGCGUGCUCAACGGCAGUGGCGGCACCAGCAGCGGCAGUGCCGUUGGCGCUGGCGGCGAAGGUGGCAGCGGCUCGGCAAGCAACAGUACAUCCGGUAGGCAGCAGCGGCGCAAUUUUGGACGGGAUUGGCGCAAGUAAACAAAAAUCCUUAAAUCUAAAUAUAAGAAGUAUAGUUAGGUAUUCCAGAAAUGGUUGAUGCCAAGAGUUGAGAAGCUUAAGCUGGGAAAGUCAUCAAUAAUAAGAAAACAAAUAGCGAGUUGAACAUUUUUUUUUAGAGAAAAGACCAAGCUUAGCUGAAGUGAAUACUCGAUCGGCUACUGAGAUUUCAAUAUUUCCGAGGGUUUAUUCCUUUUAAGCAAAUAUUUAUAAGAAUGCUACAGUCUCUAAUAAUUAAUAUCCUAAAAUAAGCAUAGCAAAAAAUGCCAUAAUUUUUCAAUUCAAAUCACGAAAUUUAAUCUUUAAGACGUCUAGGAUUUUAGUUUAUGUUUAUUGAAUUCUGAGUUGAGUUUAUUAGGUCAUGAAUAAAUUUAUUUCAUUUAUUUCUGUACUUGGAAAAUGUAAAUUCUUACCUCAGCUUUCCAUGGUUACCUUCUCAACUCUUGAGCUGUUCGCCGUUCAGUGUCCAUGUGUCGUGUGCUCAAUGUGUUAUUUCUAGAUAUUAAUUACCUUAACUGCGGCAGCUGAUGCCACAGGCUUUUGGCUGCUGCAAUGCUAACUGUUGUUUAUAUAGAGAAUUUAAUGUGUAAGCAGCUUUGUAUAUAGAAAUGGAUGUUAUGCAUAGUGCGUAAUUAGGCUAGGCUAUAAGA